AUGUUGUCUGCUUCUAAGAACAUUCUACGCACACCCGUGCGUAUUGCAUCUCGUUUGCAAUCUACCAAGGUUCAAGGCCAAGUUAUUGGUAUCGAUUUAGGUACCACUAACUCUGCCGUUGCAAUCAUGGAAGGUAAGGUACCAAAGAUUAUUGAAAACGCAGAAGGUGCUAGAACAACUCCUUCUGUUGUUGCUUUUACCAAAGAUGGUGAGCGUCUAGUUGGUAUUCCAGCCAAGAGACAAGCUGUUGUUAAUCCUGAGAACACUUUCUUUGCUACCAAGAGAUUGAUUGGUAGAAGAUUUGAAGACGCUGAGGUCCAAAGAGACACCAAGCAAGUUCCAUACAAGAUUGUUAAGCACUCUAACGGUGAUGCUUGGUUGGAGGCUAGAGGUCAAACCUACUCUCCAUCCCAAAUUGGUGGUUUCGUCUUGAACAAGAUGAAGGAAACCGCCGAGUCUUACUUGGGUAAGCCUGUUAAGAAUGCAGUUGUUACUGUUCCAGCAUACUUCAACGACUCUCAGAGACAAGCUACCAAGGAUGCUGGUCAAAUUGUUGGGUUGAACGUUUUGCGUGUCGUUAAUGAACCAACUGCUGCUGCUUUGGCUUACGGUUUGGAAAAGGCCGACUCUAAGGUUGUUGCAGUUUUUGACUUGGGUGGUGGUACUUUUGAUAUCUCCAUCUUGGACAUUGACAACGGUGUCUUUGAAGUCAAGUCAACUAACGGUGACACUCACUUGGGUGGUGAAGAUUUCGAUAUCUAUUUGUUGAGAAACAUCGUUAAGGAAUUCAAGAAGGAAAGCGGUAUUGAUUUGGAGAACGACCGUAUGGCUAUUCAAAGAAUCAGGGAAGCUGCUGAGAAGGCCAAGAUUGAAUUGUCCUCUACCGUUUCUACUGAAAUCAACUUACCAUUUAUCACCGCAGACGCUUCUGGUCCAAAGCACAUCAACAUGAAGUUCACCAGAGCUCAAUUCGAACAAUUGACUGAGCCAUUGAUCAACAGAACUAUUGACCCAGUCAAGAAGGCUUUGAAGGACGCCAGCUUGACCACCUCCGAUAUAUCCGAUGUCAUUUUGGUGGGUGGUAUGUCCAGAAUGCCAAAGGUUGUAGAAACCGUCAAGAAGUUAUUCGGUAAGGAGCCAUCUAAGGCUGUCAACCCAGACGAAGCUGUUGCCAUUGGUGCUGCUAUCCAAGGUGCUGUUUUGGCUGGUGAAGUCACUGAUGUCUUAUUGUUGGAUGUUACUCCAUUGUCUUUGGGUAUCGAGACCUUGGGUGGUGUGUUCACUAGAUUGAUUCCAAGAAACACCACUAUCCCAUGUAAGAAGUCCCAAAUCUUCUCCACUGCUGCUGCUGGUCAAACUUCUGUUGAAAUCAGAGUCUUCCAAGGUGAGAGAGAGUUGGUCAGGGACAACAAGUUGAUUGGUAACUUCACCUUGUCUGGUAUCCCACCAGCUCCAAAGGGUGUUCCUCAAAUUGAGGUCACUUUCGACAUUGAUGCUGACAGUAUCAUUAACGUUUCCGCAAGAGACAAGACUUCCAACAAGGACGCUUCUGUCACCGUUGCUGGUUCAUCCGGUUUGUCUGACGCUGAAAUCGAAAAGAUGGUUAACGACGCUGAGAAGUACAAGGAACAAGAUGAGGCCAAGAGAGAGUCCAUUGAAUUAGCCAACAAGGCUGACCAAUUGGCUAACGACACUGAAGCCUCCAUCAAGGAACACGAAGAAAAGCUCGACAAGGCUGCCCUUGAAAAGAUCAACGAACAAAUCGCUACCUUGAGAGAAUUGGUUGCUAGAGCUCAAUCCAGCGAAGACGUUAACAACGAAGAAUUGAAGACCAAGACCGAGGAAUUAAGUAACGCUUCCCUACAGUUGUUCGCUGAGAUGUACAAGAACUCAUCUGCUGCUGGUGAAGGCGAAAACAAACAAUAA